AUGUCCGUGAUGGAGCGCUUGCGGCAGGCAUGGCAGGGGCUCGUGGGGAAGAAGUUUUCAGACAAGGCUCUGCAGAAGGAGAUGGAUCUACUCGAGAACCUGAUCUACCUCACCCACAGGAAGAUGCCCGUCGGAUCUCCUCCCGACGAUGCCAUCGCCCAUGCAGAGCAGAUCAGUCCAGAGGAAAGGCAGUUGAAAGUAACGGAGCUGGUGCACGAGCAGGUCAAGAGCAUCAUGAUUGCACUACACAUGGAAAACGAUCCACAAUAUGUGGGCAGCGCAUCAAGAGUAGAUCAUAGCUUCGAUGUGCGGGAGUCCAGCAUGGCGGGUGCUGGGAUGGGCGUGUUCCUCCGAGGGAAUGUGCGAGCAGGAUCCAGGAAUGAGAGUUUGUCAAUGAAGCUCAACGAUCCCGAGUUUCGUUUGGCCAUUACAGGAGACUCUCUCAUCGACCCAUACAACAUCGUGCAUGACCAAGAGCUCCAACAAGUAGAUGCCGCGUUGAUCGUGAAGAACAGGCUUGCUCUUGGUCAUAUGGUUUUGAUAUCGAAAUCUGAUAUUCCCGAUGGGUCGGAGAUCUUAUUGGAUUAUCGUUUGAAUCCUAAGAAGAAGAAAUAUUGGCCAAGUUGGUACACUCCGGUGGAUGUAGAUGCAGCAAAGAGGCGCUGGGCUUAUUUCUAG